AUGGAGCAGUGCCCUAGUUCAUCUAGAGCUGAUAGGAAAACCAUAGAGAAAAAUAGAAGGAAUCAAAUGAAAGCCCUAUACUCCAAGCUCAAUUCUCUUGUUCCCCAUCAACGUUCAAGGGAAGUGACAUCGCUACCGGAUCAGCUAGAUGAUGCUGUGAACUACAUCAAAAAGCUACAGAUGAACUUGGAGAAAAUGAGGGAGAAGAAAGAGUGCCUAAUGGGAAAUGAGAAGAGUGGAAAUAGUAAUGCAGGGUUUGUUGGUGGUGAAGUAAUGGGGGGAUUAAAAUCACCACAGAUUGAGAUUGAGAUUCAAGAAAUGGGUUCAGCUCUACAGGUUGUUCUGAUAACUGGGUUGGAUUAUCAGUUCAUGUUUAAUGAAUCAAUUCGCGUGCUUCAUGAAGAGGGAGCCGACAUUGUGAACGCCAGUUUUUCAAUUGUUGAAGAUACCAUUUUCCACACAAUACAUUCCAAGAUUGGAGAGUCUGCACCAGGCCCCGUAGCAGCAAGGAUAUCAGAGAGACUGAAAAAGCUUGUAAACGGUAGAGCUGGUUCAUUUUGA